AUGGCAACAAGAUUUAAGAAGAAUAGAAAGAAGAGAGGACAUGUAUCAGCUGGUCAUGGUCGUGUAGGAAAACACAGAAAACAUCCUGGAGGAAGAGGAAAAGCUGGUGGUUUGCAUCACAUGAGAAUAAAUUUUGAUAAAUAUCAUCCAGGAUAUUUUGGAAAAGUUGGUAUGAGGCAUUUUAACUUGUUGAAGAAUCGUAAAUAUUGCCCAACUAUAAAUGUUGAUAAAUUAUGGGGAUUAUUACCAGAAGAAAAAAAAAAAGAAUUUUGUGAUAAUAAAAAUGUUGCUCCAGUAAUAGAUGUAACAAGAAAAGGUUACUUUAAGGUUUUAGGAAAUGGUAAGCUAAAACACAAUCAACCAAUAGUAGUUAAAGCUAGAUACUUUUCUUCCUUAGCAGAAAAAAAAAUAAAAGCAGUUGGAGGACAAUGUAUAUUAGUUGCUUGA